GGGCGCUAGGCAAAGCCGAGAAAUCAACACUCUCGCGAUAGGUGAGAUUAGGCUCUCCGGAAGUGAUUUUCCGGAAGAAGCAUGGCUGCUCCCUAGAUCUGGCAAGGCUUUGCAGCUGAACCGCGGACACCAUGCAGUCAGAUGACGUUAUCUGGGAUACACUAGGAAACAAGCAGUUUUGUUCCUUUAAAAUAAGAACUAAGACUCAGAGUUUUUGCAGAAAUGAAUAUAGCCUGACUGGACUGUGUAAUCGGUCGUCUUGUCCCCUGGCAAACAGUCAGUAUGCCACUAUCAAAGAAGAGAAAGGACAGUGCUACUUGUACAUGAAGGUUAUAGAGCGAGCAGCUUUUCCUAGGCGUCUCUGGGAACGGGUCCGGCUUCAUAAAAACUAUGAGAAAGCACUGGAGCAAAUAGAUGAAAAUCUAAUUUACUGGCCCCGUUUCAUUCGACACAAGUGUAAGCAGAGGUUCACCAAGAUCACCCAGUACCUAAUUCGAAUUAGAAAACUUACACUAAAGCGACAGAGGAAACUUGUUCCCUUGAGUAAGAAGGUGGAACGGAGGGAAAAAAGAAGAGAGGAAAAGGCAUUAAUAGCUGCUCAGCUGGAUAAUGCUAUUGAAAAGGAAUUGCUGGAGAGACUGAAACAAGAUACGUAUGGUGACAUCUACAACUUCCCCAUUCAUGCCUUCGACAAGGCCCUGGAACAGCAGGAGGCAGAGAGUGACUCUUCAGAUUCUGAGGAAAAAGAUGACGAAGAUGAAGAAGACGUGGGAAAGAGAGAGUUUGUGGAAGAUGAGGAGGCAGAUGAGUGUGACAUAAGUGAUUUUGAGGAUAUGGAUAAACUGGAUGCCAGCAGUGAUGAAGACCAAGACGAUAAAUCCUCCAGCGAGGAAGAAGAAAAGGCCCUUGAUGCCAGACAUAAAGGCAAAACACCCUUGAAAGGACCUUUGCGGAGAAAACGAGCCUACGUGGAGAUAGAGUAUGAGCAGGAGACAGAGCCUGUGGCCAAGGCCAAAACUACGUGACUUUUCUUCAGACAUUUGUAAACAGGACUGAACAUUUCCAACAUCCUCCUUUCUUUCACCAUAAACAUGUGCACACCUCCAGUUUUUGCUCUUUCAUAUGGUAUUUAACACAAUAUUUGUGUUUUUAAUAUUUAUGCUACUUCUGUGGGGCAAGAAAUCUGGGAGGGAGCAGAGGAAGCCUUAAGUUGUGAACAGAGUAUUUUUAUAGCGUUGGCAUAUGCUUUGAAGUAACAGCUUGAGCCCAAGAAGCUUAACAGAUGAAUUUGUGGGUGUAAAUAUUUCUAAAUUUUAAAUGUUAUCCACCCGUUUCCUUGGCGUCCUCCCCCCCCCAACUUAAUUUGGAAAUGUCCAGACUUCAUUUUUUUUCUUGUUCUCUUUUCCCUACCUCUUUGGGAACAAAAGAAGGAAAAAGAAGGUCUACGUUAUAAUGUUUAGUAUGAAAAUACCUUUUUUCUUAAAUAAUUCCAUUUACACAGUCAAAACAAGAAGAAAAGCCUUCCUGCUUUCGGAAAGUAAGACAAAUUUAAGUUCCGUCGUAGGAUGCGCCUUCAGACACCUGCCGCACUUUCCUGAUACAGUUCACCACCUUGCUGUCUUCACAGCUUUGGAGAGUUUUGACCAGGAGACCCUGAAACAUGAAACCAAACAGGCUUUGACUUUUCUUUUUAAUUGGUAUCUCUUUUCCUUUUACCUUGGUUCUUCUUUCUUGGUACCAUACUCAAAAGAAAGAACAGACAAGACUAGAGCACAGUUCAUGGAACAGGUGUAAUGUUAAAAACAGUGUUGGCGUGCACAGAAGUGUCCUGCUGGCUCAGGAAGAAGCAGGUUAAUAUGAGCCAAUGCAAAUCAGAUUGGAUCCAGGGCUCGAAAACUGCCUGAGAUGAAAGAGCCAACACAAAGUCAUUUGAAUAAACUGAUAAAAGAACAAACUAUACUAUCUCUAAGUAUUUUUAAGAUAUGAAUUUCUUUUCAAGCUGCUUUAUAACUUUAAAUUGAAGAUUUCUAAAUGGGGAAGGAACUGAGGCAAUAGUUUAUUAAAUAUAUAUAAACACACACACAUAGCUCUUAUAUGCUUUGGCUUUGAGAAGUUAACUUUGGUGGAAUAUGAAGCUAAAAGGAAGAAUUCCCAUGUGGAUAAAUACGAAUAUGGAAAAAUACAGUUGCCCCGGAAAAACUGGAAACAUUUCUGGGAUCUGAAUCAUUUUACUUAUAUUAUUACUCCUUGGUGGCUUAUAGCUCAUUACUUCAUCAUUUAAAAAAAAAAUUCAGAUGACUAAAAUAAAACUUAAGUUUUAUAAACUCUUAA